CUGUCUACUUGGGAUCUUCUCCGGCGCGAUACCAAAUUGGCUUGUGUUUCGACGGGGUCCAUCGGUGAGCGCUUCGUUUGCUCCACAGUAUCCGGUCUUGACUUUGUGGAACUAGUUAGCGCACCAGAUUUCUUGGAGAUGGCAAAUCGACUGUGCACUCUUCAUUCGGCUGAUCUCCUUGUGUGUAUUACUGUAGGUCACGCACCGUGUACGGACAAUCAGAUUCACUCGCAAGAUCGUCGACGAGGUCUGAUUGUUUAUUCACCUCACAGUCAAAACAACCUGUCGAAAGAGCUGGUCGAGUUCAUAUGUCAACCAAGGCACAAUCUGGAUUUGCACGAAGAACCCGUACCCCAAGCCCCGGUGACGUUCACUGGCGUUAUCCGCAAUCCGGUUGUGACACGGAAAGCUAUAUUGCCUCUGCUAGUCCAGUUUAUCAAACGUCACCAGUCACCACCGGCAGAGAAUUCGACCACUUCCGGGAAUAAUCCGGUUGAAACAGAUGAGAAUCUCCCGGAUAGCAAUUCGAAAUCCACUCAUACGGACUGCUGCUUUCAUCCGAUACGGUCGUUGGAUCCAAACAUUCAAGGUGAACUGAAUUUCUUACGAACCUGGUUGGCCUCAUUCAAACCGGACGAGCGUUUCAAAUUGGUUCAAGACACAGUGUCCAGAGUAAUGGAUACAGUAUGCACUGAGCAUCCGUCAGUUGAACUACUUAAACAAGUAGCGAUGCAGUUGACGGAAAAAGCUCACGCUGAUCGAGAUUUCGCGACCAAAGUGCUGAGUGAUAUUGGAAAGGCCUUGAGUCGCGGUCGGCGAUUGACCAUGCCAGCCACGAAUGAUCUCCGGGCGUAUCAUGUGAACAAGCAGAAGGAGAAUGCGAACAAACGAUAUCGUGGCACGUCGGACGAUUCGUACAGUUUGCCAGAUCAAGAGAAUACCAAACCAAGCUGGUUGGAGGUAGAUAGAUAUCUAAUGGGCUCUAAAUCGUUUUGA